GUGCCAAACAAGAAAUGAUGGCCCCUCAUAGGGAUUAAACUUUACCCUUUCCCUGUUUCUCUCUAAAAUCAAGACCUCCCUUCACUCUCCUUCAGUCUCAUUCUACAAAUUAACGCACCAGAAACAUGUCAAUUGUCCCAAUCAGUGGCCGAGACGGCACUGUCACCGAUCCGGUUUCUUUAGACUUAUGGGAUCCAUUCAACAACUUCGAUCUUUGGAACCCAUUCACUGAUGGUUUCCCUUUCACUUUCCCUUCAUUUCUCUCCACCCAUUUCCCUGGUUUCUCCAGCGAAAUUUUCCCGUCCCUUGGUACUCAACUCAACUGGAGAGAAACCCCAAGAGCCCAUGUGUUCAAGGCUUUCCUUCCAAGGGUCACCCGGGACGAAGUCAUAGUUUUCAUAGAUGAUGACAGGAUGCUUCAAAUAAGCACUGAAAAUGGUAACUUCAUGAGCAGGUUCAAGUUGCCUGAUAACGCAAGGACUGAUCAGAUUCAGGGUUUUAUGGAGAAUGGAAUGCUUAUUGUCACUAUUGGGAAAGAAGCUUCACAGACACCAAACGUUAGGGUCGUUGAAAUCACUGAGUGAAGUCACUUUUCAUGUCUUCUGUGUGUGUGCCUAAGUUGGAGUUCUGUUAUGAAAUUUGUGCAAAAUAUGAAGCAAUGCUUUAGUUUAAGGUCUGUGGUUGAUUUUCCGUGUUGAAAGUGUUUGAUGUUAAGGUGCUUAAUGUAGUAAGAAUAUUAAACUAAAUAAGAUUCGUUUGCGUA